GGAUUUGACCAAUGGGAGUAACAGGCUAUAGCUGAAUAUUCGUAUUUUCCGGAUUCGUCCGGACAGACCUGUAUGAUUUAAUAGAACUUAUGCUAUUUAAACGUUUGAAUUUGAAGAUACUGGUGUCACGGGACGUUUUACAUGCGAGUAAAAUGACUUCUACGGCAUUAUGCUCAUGUUCGUCCAUCGCCUCAUGAAUAUGAAUUAGAUUGAAGGACAUAAAACGUCCCUGCCCAUUUAGAAAUAGCAUCCAACCGAACAAGACGAGAUCACAUUACUGGUUGAGUGGUACCCAGGAACGGACUGGUACACUUGCUUGUCUCAAGUGAAUUAAUUAUUUAAUACGACUAUUUAUUUUACAUUAGAACAACUGAAAUGGCUUUGAGGGGUCCUCUGCUUCGACUCUUAAGAACACAGCUGAACAGCCCUCGUCUGAAUCAAAACCGGGGGCAUUCUGUCGCAAUUUUGGGCGCCCCUUUCUCCAAAGGACAGAAAAGACGAGGAGUGGAGCAUGGGCCAAAAGCGAUCAGGGAUGCCGGUCUGGUCGAGAGGCUUUCCAAUUUAGACUACUCUGUGCACGAUUUCGGAGACCUGAGCUUCCCACGCCUGGACAAGGAUGAGAACUUCAUGCAGGUGCCCUUCCCAAGGACAGUGGGCGGUGCCAACAAGCUUCUGUCCACGGCAGUGAACGGGGCUGUGGGCGCGGGCCACACCUGCGUCAUGCUGGGCGGUGACCACAGUCUCGCCAUUGGCUCAGUGGAGGGCCACUCCCGGCAGUGUCCAGACUUGUGUCUGAUCUGGGUUGAUGCCCACGCAGAUGUCAACACACCGCUGACCUCCCCUUCUGGAAACCUCCACGGCCAGUCCGUGGCUUUUCUGCUGAAAGAACUGCAGGACAAGAUGCCAAAAAUACCAGGUUUCUCUUGGAUGAAGCCCUUCCUGUCCUCUUCAGAUCUGGUAUACAUCGGUCUGCGGGACGUGGAUCCGGGGGAGCAUGACACCCUGAAGAACUUGGGGAUCCAGUAUUUCACCAUGAGAGACAUUGACAGAAUGGGCAUUCAGAGGAUCAUGGAGGUCACCCUGGACAGCCUGUUGGCCAGGAAACAGCGGCCGAUUCACCUGAGCUUUGACAUUGAUGCUUUCGACCCCUCCCUGGCCCCUGCCACUGGGACCCCUGUGAACGGGGGUCUGACUUACAGAGAGGGCAUCUACAUCGCCGAGGAAAUACACAACACCGGGCUGCUGUCUGUAAUGGACCUGGUGGAGGUGAACCCAGUUCUGGGCGCGAACAGUGAGGCGGUGGAGGCCACGGCAGGACUGGCAGUGGACGUGAUCGCGUCGUCGCUGGGCCAGUCGCGUGAGGGAGCCAACGCGGCCUUCCAGGAAACGCCCUCUCCCAAGCAAGACACUGAGCAGCUACGGCUUUAGGCCAACAUAACCACCCCCCCCCGCCCCCCCCGCCCCCCCUGGAGACUGCAAAGAUUGAGGACUUUAUAGAGAUCACUGCAUUCCAGACAACAACACCACCACGCCCCCCCCCAACCAAAAACAAAAAAAAUCUUACACGGGCACCAGACGGAACUGUAGUCAAAACAACUUCCAUCGGUGAUGGUUUUGGGCAGCCUUGACCAAACCUCAACCCUGAAACCACACAGUGGUACUGCCCAGUAAAGACUGACUGAGUUUACAUGGGAGCAGCUGAAGAGCAGCAGCCACACAGCUGGAAAUGUUAACAUGUAUGAAUGCGUUGAGUUAGAGGCCUCUGUAGCAUUUGGAGGUAUUUGCACUUAGGACCAGCUAUGGUUUUUAUUUAAUGUCCAAAGUCUUGUUUUUUUUUUUGUAUAGUACUAAUAAUCUCGAUGCAUUUCAAAAACAUGUGAGUAUGUGUAUGAGUGUAUGUGUCUGUGUGUACAUUGCUAUUGGACCUUUUAAUUAUUAUUAUUAUUUUUUAAGUUUUAUUUUCGAAUUCUUUCCCUUUUUCUCCCAAUUUGGUAGCCAAUUGUACCCCGUCUGAUUCAAUUAGAGCUAGUAUUAGAUACACCGCCCCCACACCCUGUCCCUCGGCGGCCCGAAGGAGAGCGACACGCCUUCUUCAAGCCGUCUCGUCUCAUGCUCGUCUUCCGUGAUUCCGAGGCGCCCAUGGUGCUUUAUUGUGCGGCGAUCUACUAACCCUGCCAAGUCCCUCCCUCUGGAGCAGAGAGCCAAUAAUGCUGCUCCACGUGAGCCGGCCAAACUUGGCUUUUGGCAGGACCGGGAAUCGAACCCCGGUCCCCAGUGUGCAACUGCAGUGAACUGCAACCACAAGUCCGCUCCGUCUUAGCCUGUUGCGCCAUCGUGGCCCCCAGGACCUUUUAUUUUAUUUAAUUUUAUUUUAUUUUUAUUUAUUUUUAUUUAUUUUUAUUUAAUUUUAUUUAAUUUAAUCAAGAAAACAAGUGGAGUGUGCCCGAACAAACCACUAUUUUUAUUCUAUUUUGCCCUCCCUUCAACUGCUGUAUUUGUCUAGUUCAGGGUAGCACUAUGGAUUUAAAAAUUCUCAAGAGGCCAAGAGUAGUUUUUGUGCGUGUGUGCAUGUGUGUCUGCGUAUAAUAAAACAAAGUAACAACA